AAAAAACCGAACAAAAAAAAAAUUGAACAGCGUUUGCUUUAAUCCAUUACAAAUGGAGUUUUUUUUUUCACCUUGUUACACUGGGAGUGAUGUUUAAAAUAAACAGUUUGGGGUUAAAUAUACAAAGCAUAGUGGCUAAAUUCAUGUACAUGGGCCAUGCAUCACUUUCAAACCUUGUUCAAGAUGUUAUCAUCACUUUUUAGGUUUAUUAUCAUACCCAUACUGUCAUUUUAUUUACGCAUGGUGACACUAAUUAGCAGUCUUUCUGGGAAAUCGACCUUUUUGCAAGGCCAUUCCCUUCCCAUCCAUGCUCGCCUAAUUUUUUUUAACAGGUCUACAUGCACUAACAGUCACCCUACACACUGAGCCUUAUCUCACCUUUCAUCUUUCUAGACAGCUUUGUUUUAAUAUUCAAAAGUGUUUCGCCAUACCAUCUCCGGUACGCUUCAUCGUCAAUACAGUGCAGCCAUGAACGUACUCAUUUACAACGGCAAUGGUACGUCACCUAAUUCUGUCAAACAAGCCUAUCUUACUUUAAAAGCCAUUCUCGGUCACGCUUACGAUGUCAUGAAGGUGGACGCCGCGACUUUGAAAACAGAACCCUGGGAAGAAACUUGUUCGUUGCUAGUUAUUCCCGGUGGACGAGACCAACCUUAUUGUGAAGACUUGAACGGACGUGGUAAUCAAAAGAUUCGUCGGUAUGUUUCAGAAGGUGGACACUACCUUGGAUUUUGUGCGGGUGGGUAUUAUGCUUCAAAGGAGAUUGAAUUUGAAAAGGGACACGGUACAAGUGAGAUCAUUGGAUCUCGAGAAUUAGCUUUUUUUCCAGGCGUGUGUCGUGGCACCAUGUUUCCCGGUUUCAUCUAUAAUAGUGAAAAGGGCGCUCGUUCUGUAGGUAUUGUAUCCAAUAAUAAGACCAUCAAAACCUAUUAUAAUGGCGGUGGUUAUUUUGCAAAUGCCAAGUCAGCCGAGAAUGUCAAGGUGAUUUGUACUUACCAAGACAGUGGAUUAUGUGGUGACCAGGAAGAUGAGCCCGCGGCUGGAAUCAAAUGUCAAGUAGGCAAGGGAUCUGCCUUGUUAUUUGGUGUUCAUCCCGAAUAUGACGUGUCUUUGGUUGACUUGACUGAGAACGAGGAAAAAGAGAAGAUUACUGCCGAACUGACAGCCUCUUUACCUUUUUGCCGAGAUUUACUUUGUCAAUCAUUGUCUGAAUUAGGAUUAAAUGUGUUACAAGCCGCUAGCAACGUGCCUGAUUUAACCCCCAUUUAUAUGUCGGCCAUCAAUGGAAAUACAUUAAACGCAAUCACCGCCAAAUUACUUACAAAGGUAGAUGGAAACAAUAUCUUGAAAGAUUCAAAUGAUACUUUUUGUAUCUCUGAAAUCAAUCAUGUCGAUGCUUUAAAAUUGGCUAUGGAAAAGCUUUCGAUCGAGCGAAGAUCCGAGGAUAAAUCACCGGUAUUACAAGUGUUAUACCCUGCAACGUCAUCUACACAAUCCUUGGAACCCGUUGUACCCGAUAAAUCAUUGACACCCGUAUUUGAUUUAUCCGUUUUUUACAAGUCUUUAUUAGACUGUCGAAAAUUAGAGUGGGGAGGCGGAUCUUGGUAUAGACUUGGUAAUGCCAUGCUAUGCUCUGAGGUCAUUACAAGUACCCAAACUGUGUUGGACAAGAACUAUGAGUUUGCACAGAAUUUACCCAGCGGUCUAGUAUGCUUGGCUACAAACCAAAUUGCCGGAAGAGGCAGAGGACGUAAUUCUUGGGUGUCACAAGCUGGCGCAUUGCAGUUUAGUUUUAUUAUCCGACAUAGUUUGAAGCUGGACAAAUCGCCUGUUGUUUUCAUUCAAUAUCUGACUGCGUUGGCUAUUGUCGAAAGUAUCCGAGGUCGAAAAGGGUACGAAGAUGUACCGCUUCGAGUAAAAUGGCCAAAUGACAUCUAUGUCGAUUUACCGAAUCAAGGCCUCAAGAAGGUUGGCGGACUCAUAGUGAACUCUAGCUUUAUUCGGGAUGAAUUCUUGCUAGUAAUUGGCUGUGGUGUUAAUUUGAAUAAUACUCAUCCCACUGUUUCUAUUAAUGAUGUGAUUAAAAAUCACAACCCAAGCUUGAAAAAGCUGGAUAAAGAAGAUGUAUUGGCACAUGUUCUAGUCACAUUUGAAAAGUUGUAUAUAGACUUUUGUGAAAAGGGUAUGGGAAAAUGGUUCCUGGAUCUCUACUAUUCUCGAUGGCUUCACAGUAAUAAGCUUGUUACAUUAACUACGCACGAUAAUGAACGUGCCAAGAUUGUAGGUAUCACUUCAGAUUAUGGUAUGUUGGAGGCUGUAAGUGUUGAUGAUCCUCGAAAGAAAUUUACACUUCAGCCUGACGGAAACAGCUUUGAUAUGCUUAAAGGUUUGAUUAUCAAAAAAACGUAACCCUUGUCAAGCGGCUAUUUAAUCACACUGAGUAAAGAGUCAGCUGGGAUCAUUUAAAAUAAAAUCCCUUUUUUUUUGAUUUCCUUUCUUUUUUUCCCUUUCU